AAUUAUUUAUUCCUGUGUGCUGUAAUCGAAAUUUAGUAAAAAAAACUUUUUUCUCAUUCUUUUACCUUUGCAGAAAGUAGGCUUCGAUUUUUGUAACAUUUUGUCGUUUAUUUAGAAUAUCUGAAAUAUAGAUUAAUACAAAAUUAAAAGUUAAUAGGUGGCUUUAAUAUAUAUAUCCAUAUUUUCAUAGAUAAUUCUUUUAACAAUUGCGAAGCUUAUCAAUGUCGCUCACAGACACGGGAGCCCAGCAAUGUGCGCUCUAUGCGAUGGUGGGUCUAACAGGAUUUAUGUUCGGCGCCUACUUCCAACAGGAGAGUUCGAUUCGCCAGCUGUUUGGCAUGAUAAAAAAGGAUCCCUAUCUGUUCCAUCAUCGCAAAAAACUAUAUCCACUUCUCUCCACUUUUAGAACAGAUCUCGAGUCGAGACUGUGGAAUCGUUCGAUGUGUCUCACAGAUAGAAUUCGCAAUCGUUUGGUCUUUUCACUGUUUGAUGCAUUUAGCUGCGUCUUUUUUGAAAAGAGAUUCGAGAUGAAUUCGCCCGAUUUGUUGGAUCUGAUCAAGUAUGGUCUGCCCAGCACGGAUAACUUAUAUGUACACAAGGAUUAUGUGGUAUCGCAGGACCGCAGCACCAAUGCGCCAAAAUGGAUGUGUGAACAUCUGAAGGGCAACUACAAGAAGCUGACCACCGGUGCGGACGGCGAUGCACUGCAUCUUCGCUACAACGAUGUGUACGUGCUGAGCUGCGGUGCAACGCGCACUUGUAAGGCCUUCCAGCGGGGAAUCUGGCGCAAGCUGGAACAGCACGUAACCGAAAUGACGGAGAAAUUCGGCUCGGUGUAUGUGUAUACGGGUCCUAUGUAUUUGCCAUCUUGUCGACUUAGCGAGGACUGGUCCUUGGAGUAUCAAAUUGUUGACUGGAUUCCGCUGCCAAUGCCAUCGCACUACUUUAAGGUGCUCAUCAUUGACCCGCAACUGGCGGGCUGCAGUCCCUACAUGGAGGGCUACAUCAUAGAUAAUAAAAAUAUGCCCACUAGCGUCAGCAGCAGCACCGAACUGAUCGAUUAUCUGUGUGACAUUGCCGAGAUUGAGCGCCAUACAGGUCUUCGAUUCUUUGACGGCGUGCAGACAGUUGUGCGAUUUGGGAAACACAAAUACAAAAUAGAUAAGUCAUCCGAGCAGCCCUCAGUACUUAACUGAGACGUUUCAGACAAUUCCUGAGCAUUUCAGCACAAAUUCACAAUCUUAAAUAAAAACAAGACGUUUCAAGUCAAAUAAUCA